GCUUGGACUUUGUAUUAAUGAUUUCCUGAUGUUAUUUCAUGUUAUUUUUAUCCUGCUCUCUUCAUUAAGUUUUUUUCUGCUCACCUCUUUUCUUCCAUAUUUCAUACACUAUUUCUUUAUUAUUUUAUUUCCUUUGAUUAUUGAAAAGUGUUCAAUUAUUUUUCUUGUUCUGUAUAUGGCCUUUCCAAAGUUAUUGUUUUUUUCAUAUUUCUUCUUAUCCUGGACAUCACAACAAAAUUUUUUAAAUCCUCUAAGCUCCUGUCACAAAAAAUAUAAUUAGUAUCUCCUUUUGUAUGUCUAAUCCAGUCAUUUAGGUGUCCAAUAGUUUACUGGCUUUGAAAAUGAUUACUGAUAAAGGUUUGUUAUCAUAUAUUUUCUCUUUCAACAUCUCUUUUUCUACAGUUUUUAUAUACUGAUAAACUUGCUUUUUCUGCUACCUCCUUUUGCCAUUUCUUACUACAUUAAAAAACUGUCAAUCCAAUGAGCAGGGCGACCAGAUGUGGGUUUGUCAGAUUAUCAGUGUGUUGAAUUAUUGGGUUUGUCAGAUUACACCAUGUAACAAUUUUUUACAAAAGUUUUGUUUAUAUUAAUUUUUAUACUGUUUAUUAAUAUAUUUUUUCCGGCCAUUCCAAAAAUGUAAUUAUUUUUUCUGUAUCAUCGACCGUUACAAAAAUACGAGGUCUGUUAGAAAAGUAACCGGCCUUAUUUCUUGGGAAAAUCUGACAUACCAUCCAGACAUACCAUCAUCUAGAGCACCUGUCCCACAUGAUGACUGCUUACCAGUACCACAGCCACCAGAAAAUGUAGAUGAUGGAAUGGAUAUUUCAUCUGAAGGGUCAGCAAGUAGCAACAACCAAGAAAUGGAAGAAGUUUUCGUACCAAGAAUGACUUUGGAGCCUCAUUUUCCAAAUCAGAGUGAACUAGAUGAUUUAAUUAGGGACUUAGGUCUUACUAAGUCAGGAGCUGAACUUCUUUCAUCAAGGUUGAAGGAAUGGAAUCUACUAGGACAAGACUGCAGGAUAACUGUGUACCGGAAACGACAUGAAGAAUUUGAAAUUUACUAUGACAUUAGUGAUGAUCUGUGUUAUUGUAAGGAUGUAACUGGUUUGUUUACUGCUCUUGGACUCAAUCAUGAUCCUACACAUUGGCGGCUGUUUAUUGAUAGCUCAACACGAAGUCUCAAAGCAGUAUUACUCCACAAUGGAAACAAAUAUCCAUCUUUGCCUCUUGCACACUCAGUACAAAAGAAAGAAAACUAUGAAAAUGUCAGACAGCUUCUUAAUAAAAUAAAUUAUGAUGAAUUCAAAUGGAAUGUUUGUGGGGAUUUCAAGAUGCUCGCAUUUUUGCUUGGUUUGCAAGGGGGAUACACAAAGUAUUCAUGUUUCCUUUGCUUAUGGGACAGCAGAGCUGAUGAUGAUCAUUAUAAGAAAGUUCAUUGGCCCCCACGAAUGGAACUGCAGCCGGGAAUGUUAAAUGUUCACAGAGAGCCCCUAGUAGAUUCCAACAAAGUUUUAUUGCCCCCACUUCACAUUAAACUAGGAUUGAUUAAACAGUUUGUGAAAGCCUUGGAUUUUGGAGGAGAAGCUUUUCAGGAAAUUCGCCUUAUGUUUCCAAAACUAUCUGAGGCUAAGAUAAAGGGUGGUAUAUUCGUUGGACCCCAGGUAAACACAAUGUUGAAGUCGGAGAAACUGGAAAGAGCGAUGACAAAAAUUGAAAAAGAAGCCUGGUGUGCAUUUCGUGAUGUAGUCCAUGGAUUCCUAGGAAAUAACAAAGAUCCUAAUUACAAACAACUGGUAGCAAAACUUAUUGAGAACUUCAGGAAGCUUGGUUGUCGUAUGUCCUUGAAAAUUCAUUUUUUUGCAUUCUCACCUUGAUUUCUUCCCAGAAAAUUUGGGUGAUGUCAGUGAAGAGCAGGGUGAAAGAUUUCACCAGGACAUAGCAACUAUGGAAAGAAGAUAUCAAGGACGAUGGAAUACUGCUAUGAUGGGAGAUUAUAUAUGGUCUCUAAUGAGAGAAGAUGAAAAUAUGCACUCUAGAAAAUCUCGAUCGUCCAAGCACUUCUGAUCAUAAAAGAGGAGUUAUCAAAGUAUUUACAAUGCAGAGCUGUAUAAUGUCUUUUGUUCUAAUAUUGUACUGCCUAUAUAAUUUUCAAUAUAU